AUGCAAGACGCAAUUGGGAUUCCAGCUUGCUUUUCUUCUGCGUUGAAAUCAAGUGAUGAUCACACAACCGUGACCCGUUCAGGCCAGAGCGUGCACAUGUCCGUGUACAGAACAAAGAUUGCUGACCACUGCCGCUUGAUCACCAUCACAUGGUGCAAGAACUUGAUGCUCCAUGGGCUCUCAGUCUCAGUGGAAGGCCCGGAAGGAGAGGCUCAAUACAGCUGCAAGGUGGAGCUCAAACCAUGGUACUUUUGGAGAAAACAAGGUUCCAAGCGCUUCCUCGUACACGGUAACAAAGCGGUUGACAUUUUCUGGGACCUUAAGGCUGCGAAAUUCAACGGCGAGACGGAACCGACCUCGGAGUACUACGUUGCCGUGGUGUGCGACCAGGAGGUCGUGCUCCUGGUCGGUGAUUUGAGGAAAGAAGCGUACAGAAGAACGGGGUGCAGACCAGCACUAAUCGACCCGAUUCUGGUUUCGAAAAAAGAGCACAUAUUUGGGAAGAGAAAGUUCUCAACAAGAGCCAAGUUUCACGAGAAGGGUAGGUGGCAUGAGAUCUCGAUUGAGUGCAAGAACAAAAGCAACAUCGGAGGGGAAUCUUCGAGUGGGGUUCAUGUUCAGCCAGAGAUGGAGAUAAGAUUUGACGGGCACGUGGUGAUCCACGUGAAGCACUUGCAAUGGAAGUUCAGAGGGAACGAGUCGAUUCAUCUGAACAAGAUGAGAGUGGAGGUGUAUUGGGAUGUGCACGACUGGCUCUUUAGUCCUGGUUUGAAACACGCUUUGUUCAUUUUUAAGCCUGUUUUAUCAUCCAUGUCUUUGUCUAUGUCAUCAUCAUCGCAUUCAAUUUCAUCAUCUUCACCACCCUUAUCGCUGUCAUCCACAUCCACACCCUUAUCGACUCAAACGGGGAGUUCUGGAUCCUUGGAGGGGUUUAGUGUGAACGAGUCAUCAGAAUUUUGCUUGUUUCUAUAUGCUUGGAAGGUUGAGUAG